CGCAUAAAGCGAGACCGGCAGACCCGGUGGGCCGGCAGGCGACUUCUCCCGCAUGCGCUGAGUACCAGCUUCUGAUCGAGGCAGGACCCGGUGCCGAGCAGGAACAUCUCCAAGGACGAUGAACCUGACCCUGAGCCUGGGCCUGUUUCUGGCCGGCGUCCUCUCCGUGAAGGGCUUUCUGAAGCCCAGCCUCCAUGGACAGAGCUUCGGAUCUGUGAGCCAGGCCCAGGGGUGGCGGAGCAAGAGGAUAGCCCAGGAGCUUGCCCGGCGCAACAUGGAUUUCGGCUUCAAGCUGCUCAAAAAGCUAGCCUCCAACAACCCCGGCCGGAACAUCUUCUUCUCCCCCUUGAGCGUCUCCACGGCCUUCUCCAUGCUGUGUCUGGGGGCCCAGGACUCCACCCUGGCGGAGAUCAAAGAGGGCUUCAACUUCAGGGAGGUGCCCGAGAGAGACCUGCACGAGGGCUUCCACUACCUCCUGGGCAGGCUGAACCAGGAGAAGCGCGACAUCAAGCUGCGAGUCGGAAACUCACUGUUCAUGGACCGGAGGCUGCAGCCCCAGCAGAAGUUCCUGAGGGAGACCAAGAACCUGUACGAGGCGGAAACGGUCCCCACCGACUUCCAGAACCUGGAGCUGGCGCAGAAGCAGAUCAAUGAGUACGUGAGUGAGAAGACGCAGGGCAGAAUCAGCCACCUCAUCCGGAACAUAGAGCCUGGCACGGUGAUGCUUCUCACCAACUACAUUUUCUUUCGAGCCAGGUGGCUACGUGAAUUUGAUCCCAAAGCGACAAAACAGGAAGAUUUCACAGUGAGCAGGAACAGGUCGGUGCAGGUGCCCAUGAUGUUCCGUGGGGGCUUGUACGACGUGGGCCGGGAUGAGCAGCUGGCCAGCACCGUCCUGGAGAUGCCCUACGAGGGGAACAUCACGGCCACCUUCAUACUCCCCGACGAAGGCAAACUGAAGCUCCUGGAGGAAGGCUUGCACGUGGACAUCUUCGCCAAGUGGAAGAAGCUGAUGUCGCGGAGGGUGGUGGACGUGUCUGUGCCCAAGCUCCACAUCCAAGGCACCUACGACCUGAAGAAGACACUGUCACACCUGGGCAUCACCAAGAUCUUUGAAGAGCAUGGGGACCUCGCCAGGAUCGUCCCGCAUCACAGCCUGAAAGUGGGCCAGGCGGUGCACAAGGCCGAGCUGCAGAUGGACGAGAAGGGCACGGAGGGGGCCGCGGGCUCCGGAGCAGAGACGCUACCCAUGGAGACGCCGCUAAGCGUCAGGAUGAACCAUCCCUUCCUGAUGAUGAUUUACGAGAAGGUCACACCUUCCAUGAUCUUCUUGGCAAGGGUUGCCGACCCCAGCAAGUAAUCAAGGAGGGGUUUCUGUGGGCUGUGGACCCCAACUGCAGCUUGGGCCCGAGUGGGGUGCAUCUGCUGGGGAUCAAGGCUCACUCACAUUCAGAUUCGAUCCCGUGCCGUCGCCAGCUGCAGAAACCACCCAAUGACGUCAUCGCUGGCUCUCUGGGCUUCUCGCUUGCUCUCCUUCCAAUGCCACUCCAAGGUCAGGAUCUGUCGCCGCCCACCCCUCCCCUGAUGGAGUUCUCUUCCCUGGGCAG